AUGGCAUCAAGUUUACCGAAGAAUGAAGCGGAAGCUCCGAAGGAGCCGAUAGACCUUCCCAAAGACUUGUCAAGCAUUCCGGAGAGGAGCCCCUGUCUAUCCAGGAUAAAGUUUCUUUGUAUAUGCUCCGUGCUUCCCUUGUGCAACGGCAUUAUCAACGGUAUGCUUUGGGCUGCAAACUCCUUGCAUUAUCAAGAGUUUGGAUGGCCACUUUGGCGUCUGGGCCUGCUUGGCCUUAUUUCCGCCUUAAUCAGAAUCAUGAUGACACAGAUCACCAGCUGGUUGGGCCCGUGGUUCUCGCUGCUGAUCAAUUUGAUCCACCUUGGUUGCCUUGUGCCGGUGCUGGUCACAGUUGAGGAGGAGUGGUGUGUUGCUUUGCAGAUAUUUGUCAGCAUUGCUCUGGACGCCAUUUUGUGCAACGAUGCCAUUGUCUUUUUUCAUUACUCAAAGACAGAGGCUCAGGCCAGUUUCGCCACUUCCGUGCAGCUGCAGUGCUUCGUCUUGGGCUAUGCCAGUGCCUCCACCAUUGGCGGCAUAGUCUACGAUCUUGCUGGCUGGCCCGGCCUGGUCAUCACACACAUUGUCCUACAGAUGAUCGUGUGCGGGAUACUCUUGGUUGAGCCGUGUGUUCACCGCAGCAUUGCAGACCUAUGCUGUCGAAAGCGGGACGCAGGGAAUGCAGACAAGCCCAUGAGUACCAUAGUGCCGGAUUACCCCCUGGAAAGCAUGGCCGGGGCCGCACAGGCGCCGCACAUCGGCAUUACUCCCCCGCUUCCUGGCAUGGUGAGCUUGGAGGAACCAGAGGAUGACAGCAACGUUGGCAGAUCUCGCUUCUCCACAGACAACAGCGAUAUGGAGGAAUUCGCAAAGGCGGUCCCGGCGGAAGGGCCAGAACAAGCCAGGCACCAAAGCACUUUGCUUCACCCCUUGGAUGAUGGUGCGGUGCGCAAUCGGCGGUCCCGCGAAAACAGCCAGACCUCGCAAGCAAAGGCAACGCCACGGCAACGGGACUCAGAGCUCUCAAGGGCCUCAAUGCGUUUCUCUGGAAUAGCGGGCGCCGUCCCAUGCCAGCGAAGCUCACUCGUUGUCCCUGAUCGCCUCGCCCCUGCUUGUGGUCAUCAGUCAGGGGACAUCCCGGCAAAAAGUCGACUCCCCAGAAACAUUUGGCUUCCUGCCUUGCUGUGUGGCUUCUUCAGCUUCGUGUACAACUGGGCAUACGUUGUUGAGUAUGUCCUCUUCGCGAUUUACUUCAGGGAGCAGCAUAACUGGAACUCGGCAACAUGGGCAGGAGUAGCUCAGUCCUCCGGUGACAUUAUGGCUGCAGGGAUUCUGCAGCUGAUUGCAAGGCUUGCACCCCCUUCUCCUGAGAAGGAGGAAGCAGGCUUCAAUUCUGGUUUCGCCAAGAAGGUUUGUUAUUCUCUUACGGCGAAGCCCUAUAACUUGGUUUGGUUGUGCCUGUGGUGGGUCAUCUUCUGUCUUGGUAUGACAGUCCCAAAUCUGCCAAUCGUGAUAUGUUCCCAGGUACUUAUGGGAACCCUCUAUGUCAUUUCCAUGCAAGCUUGCACGAGCAUGAAUACUUUUUACUCCUUGGGUGAUGCGGAUGUUUUCCUGACGUUGCAGCUGAACUCCGAAGCACUGGGUAUGUCUGCGGCUACCCUCACAGCGAUGCUGCUUUAUUCCGAGGUCCACCCCAAUGCGCCUUUCCUAGUCAGUGCUGGCUUGGCCUUGGUGGCCUUGAUCAUCAUCUUUCUUGGCUUCUUCUUUCGAGUGGGUUGUGGGGAGUCGCUUGAGACCAAGGAAGCCAAGCGAGCAGAGCGUCUAGGUCUGUCGCGGCAAAAGACCUGGAGUAGUUAA